AUGGAGAGCAACCGCGGGUCCGCGGACGCCAAGGCGUCGCUGGAGGAGCUGGAGAAGAAGGGCCUGCUGGGGGCGGCGGGCGUGGUGGUGCCGGACAUGGCGGGCGUGGGCGGCGGCGUGCAGCAGGGGAUGGCGGCGAUGCCGGUGUCGGUGCGCGCGCAGUACCAGCAAGCGAUGCAGGAGGGCGCGGGCGCGGGAGGCGGGGCGGGGAGCGGGGGGUCACAGCCGCCGCUAAUCCAGCUGCCGUCGAUGACGAUGCCGUCGCUGAUGUACCAGCUGUCGCACCACCCGACACACCACGGUAGCAUGCCGCAGAUCCCGGUGCUGAAGCAGCACCAGCAGGGGCAGCAGGAGAUGGGCAGCGGCAGCAGCGCGGGCAGCACGGCGAACGGCAGCGCGGGGCUGCCGCUGCUGUCGACGACGACGUCGACGCAGGGCAUACAGGCGAUACAGCUGAACGAGGGCGAACACAUCAACUCGCAAGGCCAGCUGAUAGGCAGAUCCGGGAAGCCGCUGCGCAACACCAAGCGCGCCGCGCAGAAUCGCAGCGCGCAGAAGGCCUUCCGUCAGCGCCGGGAGAAAUACAUAAAAGAUCUGGAGAUCAAGGCCAAGCAGUACGACAAGCUGGAGCAGGAGGUGCUCAGUCUGAGACGGGAGAACGAGGAGCUGAAAAUGCGUUUGGCAGACAUAGAGAAGCUCACCUGA